CGCCCUCGUACCCGGAAGUAGUAGUAAAUAUUUACAUCGCAGUCAGCUGAGUUCCCUCACCUGACUGCAAUUAGCAUUAACAUUCUUUUCAUUUUGUAGCUGAUAUGUAUCGCUAUAUCAUUAAAGCAUAGGCCACGUUAAUAACUCAUAGUUUAUAGCAGGUCGUUUUCACAAUAAGUACCCAGUUAGCUUAGCAUUUGAAACAUUUAGCAAGUGAUUAGCAGUUAGCAACUUAUUGAGCUAGCUGCUUAACAGGAGACACAACUUUGGUUUAACUACUAAAAUCAACGUGCCAGCUGGGUUUCUAAACAUGGACAAAAUUGCUCAAGAUGUGGGUGAUAUCCAGUCCAGACUGUUGGACCACAGACCAGUCAUCAAUGCUGAGAUCCGCUACUUUGUCAGAGAGUUUGAGGAGAAACGUGGGCACAGGGAGAGCAGACUGCUGGAGAACCUCAAUAAAAUGGUGCUGGAAACAAACGAGCAAACGCUGCCCACAAAUUUAGAAUCCAUGAACCAGCUGCUGUCCGACAUCACUAAACGGUUGGAGGCUGCAAAUCACAUGGCAGUGAGAGUCCAGCAGAGGGAGCUAGAGGCUCAGCAGAGCACCCAGCUGCAGGCCAACAUGGAGCGGCUGAAAGAUGAGUGGGCAGAGUUCCUGAAGGAGCAGCAGCGAUUAAAGGAGGAGGUGGAUGAAGAGCACGCCAAGGCCGUAGGACAAGUCAGCACUAAAUACUGCGAAAUGAAGAAGGACUUGUCUAAGUUUCAACCCCUCUAAUCAGCCGCUGUUUGUGAGGGUGCUGAUGAACCAACACGACAUCUCUUAUUAUAGGAACACUGUUUUAUUACAGACAGGAACAUCUGCCCUGCACGUGCAAAACAAAGCUAUGGGCUUUGGGCUGUUUUUGACUUUUUGAGUGUGAUUAACAAUGUUACAUUUUCACAACCCAUCAGACUCACAAGUUUAUGUCUUUAGUACAAUGGAAUUUUCGCAGCUCCCAAAAAUGCCAGGAACUUUUUUUUUUUUUUUUUAAACAAGCAAUCAUUUGAUUGUUCCCUGGCCGUGAAGUUCUCAACAUUUCAAGAUUUUUAAUGGAUGCCUGCCUGAAGGGUGCCGAUGAUAAAUCUGCCCCAGCCUCAGGUGUUUGGCACCGAGGGGAGAUAUUCUAAGCACUCAGAGCAGGAUCAUUACAUGUCAGAAAGGCCCCUCAGAGCAGGUGUGUUUAAAGCGCAGGUCAAGUGUUGUAGAAACGAGCUCAAACAGAACCGUCUCCGGAUCAAGUCAUCCCUCACCAGCUCUGCUGUGUUUGGAACAUCUGACCUCUGACAUUAAUUUCAAGUAAACCAGCUGUCUGUGAAGUAACUUUUAUUACAAAAGGCUUUUGCUGACACCAUUUUGAAUGAUCAGCAGCAGCUGUUUGUUUUUGCUUUUUGCCACUUCAAAUCUGAUUUUAAUGAGUCGCAUAUCCAAUAUUUUCAUUGCUGUUUACACAGAAGAAACGUACAUCAGAUUUUGGUCGUCUGGUUUGAAUUUCCUUCUCAGUCCUGUUAGUUUUUAGUGCCUGUCAUGCUGUUUAAAAGGAACACAGUGAUAAGCAAACAAUCCAAGUGUUCGUUUCUGUUCAGCCUUUUCUGUUUAUUGGAUUAAUUGCACACAGAGGCAUGUGCCAGAGUGAACACUGAAUUCUUAAGCACAGUAAUGUAAAAAAAAAAAGUUGUCUCUGAGGUUGAUCUUUAAACUCGCAACACUUUAAAUGCAGUGUUUUGUUUUUGCUCCACACAAUGGUGUGUUGUCGGACAGGUUAAUGGAUGGGUGGGCACACUGGGCGCAUUCCUGGCAUGGCUAAGAACAGAGCUCAUCUCAGAAAAUGUAAUAGAACAAAUAUUUAAGAUCCCCACCACACACUGCUUUAAACUGCCCACACCUCAACUGUCAAACAUCCCACGUGAAGGAGCAAGUUGAGACUUCCCCCUCAUCCGAAAAGAAAAAGAGUUUCUGCAAGAAAAAUAGGAAUAAAUCUGUGACAACA